AUGACUGAAGAUACUAUUAACAAGGCUCAACAAGAAAUCGAAGAUAAUGCCAAUAAAAGUCUUGUGACUAUUAAUCACUCAACUAAUCAGAAGGGAGAACACCCAGAAGUUCCUGAAGAAGAACUUAUUAAAGCCGACGGUGAAUUGACCGCGGAUAUGGAUCCAGAAACAACCACUACUAUAGAUUUAAUACAUUGUAGAAUUAGAUCUUUAGAAGCUUUGAAUCUCUACAGGUUUUAUAAAUUGGUUGCCUUGAAUUUACGCACAAAUUUAAUUCAAAGUAUUAGUGAAGUAGAAGUUUUACCCGCUGCUACCAUCGAAGAACUGGAUUUCUACGACAAUAGAAUUAAACACAUUUCACACAACAUAAAGAAACUAACCAAUUUGAAAAAUUUAGAUUUGAGUUUUAAUAGAAUCAAACAUUUAAAAAACAUUGCUGGUCUAACCAAUUUGGAAAAUUUGUAUUUGGUAGCAAAUGAAAUCGAAACCAUUGAAGAUAAUGCAUUAGUCAAUUUACCCAAAUUAACCAACCUAGAAUUGGGUGGCAAUUCGUUACACAAAAUUCAAGGAUUAUCUGCUUUGCCUAGUUUAGAGGAAUUAUGGUUGGGGAAAAAUUCCAUAAGAAGAUUAGAAAACUUACAAUAUUUGCAAAAUUUAAGAAUAUUAAGUAUACAAAGUAAUAAAUUGAAGAAAAUUCAAGGUUUAGAACAAUUAUCAAAUUUGGAAGAAUUAUAUCUAUCCCAUAAUUUCAUUGAAAAAAUUGAAAAUUUAGAUAAAAAUUUAAAACUAACCACACUAGAUGUUACAUCGAACAAAUUAACCAGAUUGGAGAAUUUAAGUCAUUUAACUGAACUAACUGAUUUAUGGCUGUCUUAUAAUAAAAUUGACAUGACUUUUGAGGAAAUAAACAAGGAAAUUGGUCAUUUAAAUAAAUUGGAAACUAUUUACUUGGAAGGUAAUCCAAUUCAAUUGAAAAACCCAACCUCUUAUAGAAGAAAAUUAAUAUUAAAUUUAGGAACCAGUCUAGAGAAAAUUGAUGCUACUUACAUUAAAAGUUGA